GGCAUUCACAGCGUCGAUUUUGUGCCAGCAAAGAGCCUAAAAAGCUGGUCUUUUUAACGCCUCCUUCCUCCAGUUCUCAGACAGGGAGGAAAAGUGCGCGAGGUGCCAGUGGCGAAGAACUGCUGAUCCUAUAAGCAUAUCGGAUUGUCCAAGUGUUGUUGAUUUAGUGUCGAUGGGUAGAGGCAGAGGAAAAGGGAAGAAAUUGACUGUAUCCACUUCUCAAGAGGAUCCAGGGGGGUAUGAUGGUGAAGAGGUGCUCACUGCAUUUAGAAGAGGAAAGCCCUUGAAACCUUUGAAGGAGGACAUUGAUGAAGAUGAUGCUGAAAAAAUUGGUGGAGAAGAUGACAUGAAACUUAGCGCACCAAAGGAAGAGGUUGAGGGACCAACAGUAGUGGUUAAGAAGAGGAGGAAGAGAGACUCAAAAUCAGAAGAAAACUCUGUGAAGACUGAAAAUGGUGCUGGAUCCAAAUCCAUGGAACAGUCAAGUAGUUCUAAUAGCUUUCGGCGGAGUGGAAGCCGGCGGAAAGGUAAGCCAUGUAGGGCUGCUGGAGUUGGAGUUGUGUGCAAGUGAGCACUUCAACCGAUUCUUCUGAGUCCUUGUACUAUUCCAUUGUAAAAUAUGCCUGAUGGCUGAUCCAUGGCAGUUCACUUCUUGCUAUUAGCCUUGUCAUCCUCCAUGAUCAAAGAAGAGCUAGAAGCUAGCUAUAGUUGAUUUCCCCCCUUUAUAAUGAGGAUCUUGAAAUUUUUUGUUCUUCAUGAUUGAUACUCUUUUUUUUUUUUUUUUGUAGAAUUAGAAAUUUCUUAUUGUCUUGGUUCAUUCACAUUGAAUUUUUGCAGGGUCGUUAAAUGCCA